AUGGCAUCUAUUGACAUAUCCCCGGAAGAAAUAUCCUCGUUCCACUCGUUGCACUUUUCCUCCGAAGCUGUCACAAAUUUCGGGCAUGAUUUCCUAGGGCCUGUUGAGGAGGAGAUAUACGAGGAAGAUGACGGAUUAGGCUACUAUGCUGAUGGAGUGAAGCGAACCUUGACUGAUGAGCAGAUACAAAUAUUCCGACACUCUGAGAUAGAAACACUGCUACGUGAACGACGACAUGCAGUUGAAGCAACGGAGUUCGGGGAUCAUGACACAACUUCAAAUCGUGUAGAUGAUAAAGUAUUAGAGGAUGAGGCAUUAGAGGAUGGGGAGAUGGAGGACACAAAUAGACCUAUCAUAGGCCCAAUUGCUCCAUCGCCUACAGUUUCGCAGGCCCCGCCCAGUAAGAAGAAGAAAAAGAACAAGAACAAGAACAAAGGUCAGAGGCAGAGGCAAAAUCCGGUCGAGAAGGGAUUCUUUAAAGCCAACGUGAAGCCGGAUCUGCGCAAACGAACAUGGGAUAAAGUCGAAACGGGUCUUGAGGACCUACAGUAUGACGAUAUGGAGGGCGAUUCUACGGCUGCUCCCAGUCAUGCUGCACAACGAAGAAAGAUAUCCUACGACGACGAUUGA